AUGAAAACACGUGAAGUUGAGAAGAAGAAGAAGAAGAAGAACUGUGCGUAAUUUGAAGAUGUCUGUGCGUAAAGGCGCGCCCCUGCCCGCACCGCUCUCCUCCUCUUCCUCCUCUUCCUUAUCUUCAUCUUCCUCGGAUCUGGAUCACAGCAGCGGGGGAACCUUCUGAAAAUGGCUGCUCUCACGCUCCGGCCUCCCCGGAGCAGCGGCGGCAGCAGCGGCCGCUCCGCAGCGCGUCUCGCCGGGGUCCUCGCCUGCGUUUUGCUGCUCGCUGUCGGUGCCUCCGCGAGUCGUGACGAGGUGACGGGGGAAAGCAACGGGACGCGGAGGGACCCAGGCCGGGCGGCACAGCCGGGGGAGCAGCACCCUGACAACUCGAGUAACUCCACGGCUCACAAGAAGGCUUUCCCCGUCCUCUCCUUCCACUACGAGGACGUCAGGAAGCCGUUCGAGAUCUCCCUGUGGAUCCUCCUGGCUCUGCUCAUGAAGCUAGGUUUUCACAUUAUUCCCCAUGUGUCGAACGUGGUCCCGGAGAGCUGCCUGCUGAUCGUCGUCGGUCUUCUUGUUGGCUGCUUCAUCAAAGCCAUCGGAGAGGAAGCCCCCAUCCUCCACUCCCAGCUCUUCUUCCUUUACCUGCUGCCUCCCAUCAUCCUCGACGCCGGCUACUUCCUGCCCAUCCGGCCCUUCGUGGAAAACCUGGGCACCAUCCUGGUGUUCGCGGUGGUGGGCACGCUGUGGAACACCUUCUUUGUCGGCGGGAUGAUGUACGGCGUGUGUCAGAUCGAGGGGGCGCAGCUGGCCAGCGUGGACCUGCUGUCCUGCCUCCUGUUCGGCUCCAUCAUCUCGGCCGUGGACCCCGUGGCCGUGCUGGCCGUGUUCGAGGAGAUCCACAUCAACGAGCUGCUGCACAUCCUCGUGUUCGGGGAGUCGCUCCUCAACGACGCCGUCACCGUGGUUCUGUAUCACCUGUUCAAGGAGUUUUCUGAAGCAGGAACCGUGACUGUGGGCGACGCCCUCCUCGGCGUCAUCUGCUUCUUCGUGGUUUCCCUGGGAGGCAUCAUGGUCGGAGCCAUCUACGGCCUCCUGGGUGCUUUCACCUCCCGCUUCACCUCUCACACUCGAGUCAUCGAGCCGCUGUUUGUCUUCCUCUACAGCUACAUGGCGUACCUCUCCGCUGAGGUCUUCCGCCUGUCGGGGAUCAUGUCGUUGAUAACGUGUGGCGUGGUAAUGCGGCCGUACGUGGAGGCCAACAUCUCCCACAAGUCCCACACCACCAUCAAAUACUUCCUGAAGAUGUUGAGCAGCGUGACCGAGACGCUCAUCUUCAUCUUCCUCGGCGUUUCCACGGUAGCCGGCCCUCACGCCUGGAACUGGACCUUCGUCAUCCUCACCCUUAUCCUGUGUCUGGUGUCGAGAGUUCUGGGGGUCAUCGGACUCACGUACAUCAUCAAUAAAUUUCGUAUCGUGAAGUUGAACAAAAAGGAACAGUUCAUCGUGGCCUACGGGGGCCUGCGGGGGGCCAUCGCCUUCUCACUGGGCUUCCUGCUGACCAACAAGGAGAUGAAGCAGAUGUUUCUCACCGCCAUCAUCACUGUCAUCUUCUUCACUGUCUUCGUGCAGGGGAUGACGAUCAGGCCUCUGGUGGAGCUUCUUGAAGUGAAGAAGAAGAAGGAAAGCAAAAGAUCGAUAAACGAGGAGAUUCACACACAGUUCCUGGAUCAUCUGCUCACAGGGAUCGAAGACAUCUGUGGUCAUUACGGACACCAUCACUGGAAAGACAAGCUGAACCGCUUCAACAAGACGUACGUGAAGAAGUGGCUGAUCGCGGGCGAACGCUCCACUGAACCUCAGCUCAUCUCCUUCUACAACAAGAUGGAGAUGAAGCAGGCCAUGAUGCUGGUGGAGAGCGGGAGCACCGCCAAGCUGCCCACCAUCGCGUCGUCCGUCUCCAUGCAGAACAUUCAGCCGAAAGGUCUGAGCAGAGGACGUGCGAUGCCGAGCAUCUCCAGGAGUCGAGAGGAGGAGAUCAGAAAGAUCCUGCGAGGAAACCUACAGAAGACGAGACAGAGGCUUCGCUCCUACAGUCGACACGACCUGAUGAUGGAUCCGUUCGAGGACAAUCUGAGUGAGCUUCGCUUCAGGAAGCAGAGAGUGGAGAUGGAGAGGAGGAUGAGUCACUACCUCACAGUUCCUGCAAACCGGCAGGAAACUCCGUCUGUGAGAAAAGUCUGUUUCGAACCAGGUCAGUCGCACAUGAAGCUUUUAAG